UUGACAGACAUAAAAGGAAAAAGCCAAUUUAAACCCAACUUCCGUUGUGCUUUUCUCAGAACUCAAUCUUCAAGAAGCAACAGCAUGAGCAGUACCAUUCUCAUGACCUUCCUCACAGCCAUUGCUUUUCUGGCUCAAUCCUUCCAAAACUACAUCAUCCGGCAUUCUGGAUAUCCUGCUGCAGUGAAUGAAAACGAAGAUCACGAAAGUGAUUAUUGUUCAGUGUGUCUGAGCCAAAUCUGUAAAGGGGAAAAAGUUAGGUCUCUUCCAGUAUGCAAUCACAGGUACCAUGCUGAUUGUAUAGGUGCUUGGCUUAAGAACAAUACCACAUGCCCUCUUUGCAGGAACAAAAUCACUGAUCACAGCCUCCAAAAGCAUAAACAGGUGAAGAACUUAGCAGAAUCUCUGUUUAAUCUUAUGCAGAGUUUCACAGAUCUGUUGGUAGCUGUUCUCUACAUGCUACUUCCAUCCACCGUCACUCAGAGUUUCCCUUUGGUUCACUGAUAUGAGACUGUGAGUUGUAUUGUAAUCAUGUAUGCAGUAUGCAGAAUAGUGCAAUUGCUGAUGUUUUUUGAGUUUUUGCUUGUUUGGCAUGGGAACUUUGUUCUGCAUAA